AUGCUGCGGGUGAUAUUUGUUGUUUUUGCCGCGUUAGUAACGCUGGCUUUGGCCCGAUCGGGCCCUCUCGAUGAAAUAAUUUCUAAAUUUGAUGAGAGUGUCAGGUUGACUCCGCGCUAUUCAAACAAUAUCCAAGAAGAUGCCCGUUUAAAUGUUCCAGAAUUGGUUACAAAAUACGGAUACCCAGUUGAAGUACACCAUGUAACAACUGAGGAUGGCUACAUCUUGGAAAUGCACCGAAUACCUCAUGGACGUGAUAAGAACAAUGUACCCAAUAAAAAUAAACCUGUUGUGAUUUUGCAACAUGGUCUGCUGUGCUCCUCUUCUGUGUGGGUCCUAAUGGGCCCAAGUACUGGUUUUGGAUACAUCCUAGCUGAAGAAGGUUAUGAUGUCUGGAUGGGGAACUUUCGUGGUAAUCUAUAUUCUCGUCGUCACCUUAGAUUAAAUCCUGAUUCGAGAUUCAACCUUGAUUUCUGGAGGUAUUCAUGGGAUGAACACGGCAACUACGACAUACCUGCUAUGAUUGACUAUGCACUGGCUCAUACUGGAAAGGAAAAGCUUCAUUAUAUUGGCCAUUCAAUGGGAACUACGAGCUUCUUUACAAUGGCGUCACUGCGUCCAGAGUAUAACGAGAAGAUUAUUUCCAUGCAGGCGCUUGCUCCUGUAGCUUACAUGGCUCAUAACCAUAAUUUACUACUGAAUGCCAUAGCACCUUUCGCUAACAACAUUGAGGCCAUUGGAGCCAUCAUCGGUUAUGGGGAGUUUUUAACAAGUAGAGACGUGUUCACUUGGGCUGGUCAGGCCUUGUGCAGGGAUGAGGCUGUUUUCCAACCAAUUUGUAGUAACAUGAUAUUCUUACUUGGCGGUUGGAACGAGGCACAACAUAAUGCGACUAUGAUGCCAGUUGUAAUGGGUCACAUGCCAGCUGGCGCAUCGGUUAGACAGUUAGCUCAUUAUGGCCAAGGUAUUUCCGGCAAUGAGUUCCGUCGUUACGACCAAGGAAGUUUAAUAGCCAAUCUGAGAGCCUACGGCAGAACAUCGCCACCUCCAUAUGAACUCAACAAGAUUACUGCACCAGUAUUCCUUCACUACUCAGACAACGAUCCUCUUGCUGAGAUCCCGGAUGUACUAAGGUUGUUCAGAGAACUUGGAAGACCCAUAGGACUGUUUCGAGUGCCGCUUGCCGAAUUUACCCACAUUGACUUCAUGUGGGCUAUUGACGUGAGAGAAUUGCUCUAUGACAGAGUGAUUCGUCUUAUGAAACAAGUGGAUAUAAGUGGUUUUAAUAGCAUUGAUGUUAGUCAAUUUUAA